AUGGCUCGCACAAAACAGACCGCUCGCAAGUCUACUGGUGGAAAAGCGCCGAGGAAGCAACUUGCCACAAAGGCCGCAAGGAAAAGUGCUCCGGCAACAGGAGGUGUUAAGAAACCUCACAGGUACCGCCCCGGUACUGUGGCACUUCGCGAAAUAAGAAGAUACCAGAAGAGUACUGAAUUACUAAUAAGAAAACUGCCGUUCCAACGUCUCGUCCGGGAAAUAGCUCAAGAUUUCAAAACUGAUUUGAGGUUCCAGAGCUCGGCCGUGAUGGCGUUACAGGAAGCAAGUGAAGCUUAUUUGGUUGGUUUGUUUGAAGAUACGAAUCUAUGUGCUAUUCACGCGAAGAGGGUCACCAUUAUGCCUAAAGACAUACAGUUGGCGAGACGAGUGAGGGGCGAGCGGGCGUAGACAGGCCCAUUUCAAAGUGACGCAGCGCAAGC